GGAGCCGUGUGGCGGCGCGCGGGCUCUCGGUGUCUCCGGCCGGACCGGGCCCAGCGCAGCCCCAGCCCCGUCACGGGCCCCGCCGCCCGCCCGCGACCCUGCCCGACCCCGCCCGGCCCCCGGCCCGCUCAAUGCCCACGGCGUUCUGUCGGAGGCUCCUUGGCACAUUUAUGGCGAUUCUGCGCGUCAGGGCAGACUUCUGCCAGGCCCAGCACCGCAGCCUGGCUGCCAAGUGAGCGGCGGGCGCCGUGCCGCAGCGUGCGCCGCCCCUGCCCUGCCCUGCCCUGCCCUGCCCUGCCCUGCCCUGCCCUGGCAGCCUGGCGAGGCAGCGGCCCGCUCCGGUUGAUGGGAUUGCUGCUGGCCCCGGGGAGCGCACCGCUGGCCCUGCCCUGCCCUGCCCUCCCCGCUGCCUCCAUGUAGGACAGGCCGCCCAGCCUGGCACUUCCGCGAGUCUCAAGGAAACCACCCCGCCAGGAACUGAGGAUUCAGGCAAAGCUGCUUUUUCUAGGAGCAAAAUCCCCGAGGAACAAACCCAUCAAAGCAAGCUCUGAUCAAUCCCAGCCAUAUUAGUGGUCUUUUUGAUGUUUUCUGCUGUGAAACGUUUCCAAGGUCAUUGAUUUUUUUUUUGUUUUGGUUUCCCCCUUUAUUUUGAUUUUUUUUUCUUUUUUUUGGGGGGUUUUUUAAAGUUUUUUUUUUUGGCCCCUCACACAUUUUCUUUGCCAUUAUGAACCGUCCAGCCCCCGUGGAAAUUACUUAUGAGAAUCUGCGUUUCCUGAUCACUCACAACCCAACCAAUGCAACCCUCAGCAAGUUCAUCGAGGAGCUGAAGAAGUAUGGGGUGACAACCUUGGUGCGAGUUUGUGAUGCCACUUAUGAUCAAGCUCCAAUCGAGAAAGAAGGAAUCCAAGUUCUAGACUGGCCCUUCGAUGAUGGAGCUCCGCCCCCGGGCCAGAUCGUGGAGGACUGGCUGAACCUGCUGAGAACCAAGUUCCGCGAGGAGCCCGGCUGCUGCGUGGCUGUGCACUGCGUGGCUGGGCUGGGCAGGGCUCCCGUCCUGGUCGCACUCGCUCUCAUUGAAUGUGGAAUGAAGUAUGAGGAUGCAGUUCAGUUUAUAAGGCAGAAAAGGAGGGGAGCUUUCAAUUCCAAACAGCUGCUUUAUCUGGAGAAAUACCGGCCCAAGAUGAGAUUACGCUUCAAAGAUGCCAACGGUCACUGCUGUGUUCAAUAAAAAACCACAAAAACCAAAAUAUUGAUCUCAAAAGGAAGGCAGAAGUGAGCGGGGGGCUCUUCUCUGGACUCUUGGCACCUGGAAAUGUGAAUCUGGAAUCAAAAAAAAAAGGAAAAAAAUGUCAUUAAAUUAGUGGUGGAGUCAGUGCUCCUCAACCUCUGUCCUAAAAAAAAAAAGGGUGAUGAUGAUUGAGAGGAAAAAAACCCCAAAAUUAGAAAAAUAUAUAAUAAUAAUAAUAAUAAUUAAAAAAGCCAAUUAAGAGAAACAUUUCAGUGAAGGAUUGUUUUCUCCUUAAGCUGCAAACCUGCAAGGAGAAAAGCAGUUUCUGAACCUUCUGUAUUUUUAACUUUUUAAGAAAAGAAAUAAAGUCAACUUUAUGUCUAAGGAAAA